UCAUUGUCCGGAGGCGAACACAUAGAGAACAUAUCGCCGAUCACUUGGCUGUUACGGUAUGGUCAGUGGUCAGUUUGGACACGUGCUUAUUCUAUAUCACCCAGACGAAAUUCCUUCGUUUCAACCGAAAUGGUAAAAUAUCUAACCUGUAACUUGACCAUUCUAGCCAAGGGCUAUCACUGACCACAUGUAAAUAUGAAAUUAAGAUUUUUCAGUGGAUAUACAGGGAAUGAUACUGACCGCAGGCCGAAUUAAACGAUAUAUUGAUAUCUGACCACCACGCACAGGUCCAGUUAAACUGACCACCGUCGUGUGGAAGUUGAAUAAAGCCAGGGGCCGAAAACCUUAACGCGGGGCUGUAACAGAGGAUGAACUUUGGAUAAGAUAUAAUCGGUGUUGUCGAAAAUGUUACAAGAAUCUGUGACUCCUUGACCAAUCGUCCGGACAGGUGGACGGAUAUUCUUGACCAGUGGUCAAAGUUAUCUUUUGUUUGCCAGACGUGGAAUAACUUUCGAGAUUUUUCAGGCUCAAGUUCAAGACGGGAGAUGUACACCAUGGACCUUGGAGCAAUUUUUCGGCAUAAAUGUCACGUGAUCACGCUUCUCCUUAUCAUCGCAACUACGGCGCAUGCGCAAAACAUAACCUGUGCUGUUCCAUCCGAUGUCGUGUUUGUAUUAGACGGCUCUGAAAGUCUUAGCCAAGAAAACUUUUCAAACAUGAAGACUUUUGUGAUACAACUGCUGUCAAAGUUCAAAGUCUCGUCCUCCUUCACGAGAGUUGGCGUGAUCGUGUACGGGACUAUACCAGGAGACAUUAUAUACUUGGGUUCAGUGAACUAUCUGCAGGUUCUUGACAUCACAAUUCGAAACCUCAUUCAGCCGAAAUCCGGAACUGGAACUCCGAAAGCAAUUGAGAGCAUGCGCAGAAUGUUCAACGAAAGGGGUCGGUCGGGCGUGGAUAAAGUUGGAAUCGUCAUCACAGACGGUCGGUCCGUGUCUCCAGAACAGACAAAGCAGCAGGCAGAUCUGGCAAAGAGCGCCGGAAUCAGCAUGAUCUCGAUCGGGUUCGGCUCAAACGUCUUCCGGACGGAGCUAAUACAGAUAGCCAGCAGUAGCUCCUUGGUAUUUGAAUCCAAUGACUUCAACCUUCUGCUCAGUGAGGUGGAGAUAGCCAUGCGCAGUCUAAUCUGUCACGUCAUCACCACCACAAUGACCACUACCACCACGACAACUACAACAACCACCACUACACCGGCGCCAACCACCCAGGCGCCAACGACACGAGCACCUACCACUCAGGCGCCAACGACACAGGCGCCUACCACCCAAGCACCAACUACUCAGGCACCAACCACCAAGGCGCCAACGACACGAGCACCGACUACAGCGGCGCCUACUACCCCGGCGCCGACAACACCCGUGCCGACGACGAGGGCGCCUCCUACACGCCGUCCAAUAACGCCAAUACCUACAAUGCCCCCUACAGGCAGCUUGUUGUCGACAGUGAUCAGUGACCUUUGCCCUAACUGUAUAAUAGGACGUAACUGGGGCUACAGGCCCUACCCUGGGGAUUGUACUCGCUACAUCUCUAUGUUUCCCGACGGGCGGGGUGGCCGGGUCGCCAGUGUACAGAAAUGUCCUUUCGGGUCCUGGUGGGAUUCUUACAGCGUGUCAUGUCGCUAUCCGGUCGACGUCACGUGCACUGAUGAUCCGUGCCGUGGAAUUAGUUAUGGAGCGUUCCCGAUGGAAGAUGUCUGUUCCGGAUUCUGGUACUGUAUAAAUGGAAAAGCAUAUCCGUCUUGUUGUCCGAAACAGAACCAACGUUUCCUUGGUAACGGGCCUCAGUUGAAUUGCUCCGACGAUGUCUUCUGCCCUGAUAGUUGCCCCCCAGCCGACCUAAACAGACUCGUGGGACAAACUGUAUGCGCAAGCUACCCUCAUCCCUCUGACAGAACAAAAUAUUUGGAGUACGCACCCGGAAGUGGAAAUAUAACACGUGACUGUGCAACGGGGACAUAUUUCGUAUCAGGUGACUGCGCAUGUACUGGAAUCGAUGACCUGGCUAGCCUCCCUCUUCAAACCUGUAAUCCUGAAGUGUAUUUUAACUUCGAUGACAGCUUCAGUGACAUGUCGGGAAACGAAAUCGCCGCUGGACUGGAGAACGUGGCGCUUGAUACAAAAGAGGCCAAGUUUUCCGGGGACGGGAUGAUAAACAUGUGGCGAUUUUCUAACUCAGAUUUCAAACAGAGUCUCGUGAUCACGUUCAAAUUCCGACCGGAAAAUGUUGUCACACCUGGACCAAUCCAGGCCCUCGUUACAAACUGCAUUUUCAGCGAUCAAGAGGAAGCCUCGGUGGCCAUCAGUGUCAUACCCGGAAGUGACCCAAGCGUCUUGUAUUUCAAGACACAAACGACACAAGGCAUGACAGAGCUGUUUGUACCGUAUGAUCCGACAGUGAUGAGUAGUGGAGUUUACAUCUAUGACGGAGUGACUCUAACCGGACGUGUCAACGGCGAAGUCCGCACAGCUCCUCUCACCGGUGACAUUUUACGUCGACAAAGUGGAGUCGUCAUUGGAGCUGGGAGUAUGAUGGCAAAUUACCGCGGACGGCUCGAUGAUUUCAAACUAUAUACAUGUUUUCCGAGUGGGAUAUACACAGCAAAUGGCAGACGAUGACGUCACUUCCGCUGAACUUUUAACCUACUGGCGAGAUAAUGCUAGGACAUUAAUUCCUAGUUACCUCCCCUGCCUUUUGCCAUUAUACUUGUAUUAAUGCUGUAGAUAGAUAUUGACAGCAAUACCAUCAGUAUAGAGUAUGUUUUGUAUAUGUUUAGAUAGCUUUAGUUAUUAUUUAUAUAAGUAAACAUGUAAUUAUUAUUCAUCCAUAAUCAAUAUUUGUUUUUGUUCACCUGAUCGAUAUUGUGAUUUUUGUGUUUAUUGUCCUGACGGAUCUUUUCUCAUCCGUAUGUAAUAAUUUUGUUUUUGUUUUGUAUAUUGAGACCUAGAUAUGAUUUACUAACAUCGCCUAUCAAGUGUGUUGGUAUUUUGUUGGGACCGUAUUACUUACAGUACUUUGUAUAGUGGUUUAAAGGCGAAUCUAUAUAUAGAACAUCCUCUAGGCUAUUGAUUUGCUUAGAAUUGAUGACGUUGUUUUAUUGUGACGUCAUAAUUAUCAUGUUAACAAUCAUUUGAAUACAUAAAUUUUGCAUUUACGUAUAUGAUCUUACUGAAUUAUUUCAUGAAUAAUUCUAUUCUAUAACACAUCAAAUAAUAGUUUCAUUGUAAAUACAGUAACCGUUUUGUUUACAUACAAUAUCACUCAAAAAUAUCAUACAUUCAAAGAGCUCACAUCUGCAGUUCAUUCGUUCCCUGCUAUCAACCUGAUUCUACUUAGUAUUCAUAAAACUUCCAUUAAUUAUAUUUAAAACAUCACCGUAAAUAUUCGUUUGAAUUUCGUCAAAUAAUUAUCAUAUAUUAGUAUUGUCAUCUCAUAACACCCAUUUCAUUGUCUUCUGUUCCGAAUUAUCUCUGUAAUAUGUACAGAUUGGCUGUAGCUGCCUAUUCUGUUUCUAUUAUGACGUCAUAGAUUGAUGACGUGUCAUGUAUAUGACGUCAUAAAAUAAAACAAAAAUAAAUGAAAAUAUUAUCAUUUUAGAUUACAUUAUUAUAUGUCUAAAAAAUGUUGUUUUAAUGAAUACUUGUAAAAAUGCUUUAGCUGUGAUCAUCAAAAUCUGAAAUUCGUUUCAUAUGGUGAUCCGUGGAUUUCUUUCCCAUUUUCCCUGUCCAGAAAACUCUUCAUUAACUCGUGUGUGACACUCUGUGUAGCCGUAUGGGAGGGGACACGCACAUAUAAUGAGCUGGCCUGAAGAUUGAGUUACCUGCCUAUUCACCAAAGGACAUAUAUCUAUUAAAAGUGUUGCAUUUACACCAUCAGAUACGACACUAGUGGUGAUUUUGGGGUAUUGGUAAAUUUGUAGAAAUAUACGUUCAUUCUGCAGGUGACUGUUACCCCCAUUACAUUGGGUAAUUACAUACAGCAUUUUAACAAGUCAUUGUGGUCUGUUGCCAUGCCUACCGAAAUUAACUCCUCUCCAGAAUUAGUAAAGAAAAGAUUUUAAAUUUAAUGGUAUAUGAUCGGUUUAAAUGGUAUAUUAUGAUUUAAUAGUAAAUAUAGGAUUUAAUGGUUUAAAACUGAUUUAAAUGGUACAACAGGAUGUAAUGGUAAACACUAAGAUUUAGGAUUUAAUGGUAACAAUAGAAUUUAACGGUAAACAAUGAUUUAUAAUUUAAUGGUAACAAGAAGAUUUAAUGGUUAACAAUACGAUCUAGGAUUUAAUGAUAGCAAUUGGAUUUAAUGGUAAACAAUAAGAUUUAGGAUUUAAUGGUAAACUAUAGGAUUUAAUGGUAACAAUAGAAUUUAACGGUAAACAUUGACUUAGGAUUUAAUACAUGGUAAACAAUAAGAUUGAGGAUUUAAUGGUAACAAUAGAAUUUAAUGGUAAUAAUAGAAUUUAAUUGUUUAUAGUACAUGUAGUGGGUUUAGGUAUUGCUACGUCUAUAUAAGAUAAAGUCCCAAUAGAAGAAAAUCCAGGUUAAGUUCUGUAAUAAUGACUUUGUAUGUAUUUAUAUAACAUUAAAAUCUCUUCGAAUAUA